UGAGUGGGCAGGAUUUCAGUGAUUGGUGUAUAGCUGUGGGGCAGGAUCAGGGCAUUCCCUCCAAGCACCAGACACCUCACUGUACCCCAGAUUCACUGCCCUUCCACGAUGUGGCUCUGUGCUUUGGUCCUGAUCUCUCUUACUGCUUGCGUGACUCAGGGGCACCCAUCCUCACCACCCGUGGUGGACACUGCUCAUGGCAAAGUCCUGGGGAAGUAUGUCAUCUUAGAAGGAUUCCCACAGCCUGUGGCUGUCUUCCUGGGAGUCCCCUUUGCCAAGCCUCCUCUUGGAUCCCUGAGGUUUGCUCCUCCACAGCCUGCAGAGCCCUGGAGCUUCGUGAAGAAUGCCACCUCCUACCCUCCUAUGUGCUCCCAAGACCCAGUGGCAGGGCAGAUGCUCUCAGAGCUCUUCACCAACAGAAAGGAGAGCAUUCCUCUCCAGUUUUCUGAAGACUGUCUCUACCUAAAUAUUUACACUCCUGCUGAUCUAACAAAGCGCAGCAGGCUGCCGGUGAUGGUGUGGAUCCAUGGAGGUGGACUGGUGGAUGGGGCAUCCACCUAUGAUGGACUGCCCCUCUCAGCUCAUGAAAAUGUGGUUGUAGUGACCAUUCAGUAUCGCCUGGGCAUCUGGGGCUUCUUCAGCACAGGGGAUGAACACAGCCGGGGGAACUGGGGUCACUUGGACCAGGUGGCUGCACUGCGCUGGAUCCAGGACAAUAUUGCCAGCUUUGGGGGCAACCCGGGUUCUGUGACGAUCUUUGGAGAGUCAGCAGGAGGUUUCAGUGUCUCUGUUCUUGUGUUGUCUCCCCUGGCCAAGAGCCUCUUCCACAGGGCCAUUUCCCAGAGCAGUGUGGUCCUGAAUCCUUGCCUGUUUGGGAGAGAUGCCAGACCCAUAGCUAAGAAAGUGGCUGCUCUUGCUGGCUGUAAAACCACCACCUCAGCUGCCAUGGUUCACUGCCUUCGUCAGAAGACAGAGGAUGAGCUCUUGGAAAUCACACUGAAAAUGAAGUUUGGUGUUCUUGAUUUUCUUGGAGACCCCAGAGAGAGCUACCCUUUCCUUCCCACCGUGACUGAUGGAGUGGUGCUGCCAAAGACACCGGAAGAGAUCCUGGCUGAGAAGAGCUUCAACGCUGUGCCCUACAUGGUGGGCAUCACCAAAAAAGAGUUUGGCUGGAGCAUGCCAAUGAUGAUAGGCUUCCCACUUUCUGAAGACAAACUGGAUCAGAAGAGGACCGCUUCCCUUCUUUGGCAGUCUUACCCAAUCCUUAACAUCUCUGAGAGUCUGAUUCCAGCUGCCAUUGAGAAGUAUUUAUCAGGGACAGACGACCCUGCCAGAAAGAAAGACCUUCUCCUGGACUUAAUGGGAGAUGUGAUGUUUGGUGCUCCGUCUGUGAUUGUGUCUCGUGCCCAGAGAGAUGCUGGAGCCCCCACCUACAUGUAUGAGUUUCAGUAUCGGCCAAGCUUUGUAUCAGACAAGAGACCCAAGACAGUGAUAGGAGACCACGGUGAUGAUCUCUUCUCUGUAUGGGGAGCCCCGUUUUUAAAAGAUGGUGCUUCAGAAGAGGAGACCAACCUCAGCAAGAUGGUGAUGAAAUUCUGGGCCAACUUUGCUCGGAGUGGGAAUCCCAAUGGAGAAGGGCUGCCCCAUUGGCCAAAAUAUGACCAGAAGGAAGGGUACCUACAGAUUGGAGUCCCAACACAGGCAGCUCAUAGGCUGAAAGACAAGGAAGUGGCCUUUUGGACUGAGCUCAGGGCCAAGGGGGCAGCAGAGAGGCUAACCCAGAGGGAACAUGUUGAGCUCUGAUGAGGAGGCCCAGUUAGGUUUGAGAGGCUGGAGCCAAGAGAAGGGAUAUUCCACAGAAGAUGUUUCCAAAAUAAAGCAUCUUAUUGUUGAGGACAUAGAAUCGUGUGGCAUACUGUAUAAGCACAGUAAGGAAAGACAGAAUUGUGUCACAUACUUUACAAACACAACAAGGAGAAACAUUUGAUUUUAUACUCUCAAAUUCUAACAUCACAAAACCAUUCCCCUGGAAAAUCAAAUUAGAGUCUGUGUCUUUGGCUCAAGAUGACUCUAUGUGCUUUAGAGAGGGAAGUAUGGAGAGAGAUCCAACUUCAUGAAAUGCCACCUCCACAGGGGGUGGAUGGAAUAUUGUCCUGCUGUCUAAAUGAAACAAGAACACUGUGGGAUGGAUGAGAUUUUUGUUGUGCCACUUUUCCUGGGUACACACAAAGGUCUACUCAUUCCAGAGAGGGCAGGAAUGACCGAACAGAGAAAUGAUUCCACCCAAGUGAGCACUUGGAAAAUUAAGAACAUUUUACACACCUGUAAGACUCAGUGGACUAAAGUAUACAUUGCCAUUUCAAAAUGGUAGAUUUGGGGCCCAUAAAUUAGGAAUGGAGAAAAGGAAGAUAAUGUUUGCCCUGAAAAACAGUAGGGCAAACAUUAUGUCCCUUAUGUUCAUGGCCCACACUCAUGGCAUUAUUGUAUUCAUAUGAGAGCACCAGAAGUCAAGAAUCUCCUACUCUAUAGGCCUGCCAGUUUGCUGCAUAGGGCCUCUCUGAACUGGCCCUGCUCACUGUUUGUACUCUCCUCUGUAUGGGUUUCACACUCCUUUCUUUUCUAACCUUCUAAGGUCUCUGUCCCAUCUCUGGCUUCACCCUCAUAGCUUCACCCAUGGCCUUUAUACAGGCUGCUAAUGGCCAUUUGUACCAUAACACACAUGCUCUGCUUUUCCUUUGAAAUCCAUAUCAAGGCUUCCAUGAACCAAUAAGUUGCAUUCUGCGUGCCUGCAGAAACAGCAUCAUGGAUGAUGGCGAAGUCUGUCCCCAAAUGGUGGGGACAGGCCCUUAGAAUGCAGUUGUAGGAGCCCGUUAGGGCCUAGGUAGCAGAAUGAAGGUGUAGCACGAAUCUUAAAAGGUCUUAUUAAUAAAAUCAAACCUGAAGCCAGAUAUUGGAGUGAAUGCUGGAAGAUCAGAGAAGCAGAACAAGCCACAGCUUUCUCACCUUGCCAAUUCCUCAGCUGAUCCUGUUUCCUCAGACUGGAAGCCUCUGAGUCCUCAUCCAAAUGGAUCUCAGCUGAACUGCUGCUCAAAAGCCUAAAAGCUUAACCAGCUGUAGUUCCUGGUUUUCAUGCCUUAUAUACCUUUCUGCUUCCUGCCAUCACUUCCUGGGAUUAAAGGCAUGAGUCACCAUGCCUGGCUGUUUCCAGUGUGGCUUUGAACUCACAGAGAUCCUCCAGAAUGUUAGGAUUAAA